AUGACGAAUGCAUGCUCGUCUGGGACUCGUGUACACGUCUAUCGUUGGUUGGACAAUGCCGUUGCACGCAAGCUGUCAAGUGACAAGGAUGUGAAGUCGCUUCCGGAGAUCAAGACCAAGCAGGAGUGGACCAAGAAGAUUCAGCCUGGAGUGUCGUCCUUCGCUGAUAGACCUGAACUGAUUGGUCCCGACCACCUUGCGGAACUCCUCAAACACGCGCGCGAAAUCGUCCCCGAUGAUGCCGUUCGAGACACCCCCGUUUUCCUGCUUGCCACCGCGGGGAUGCGAUUGCUGCCGAACUUGGAGCGACAAUUACUUCUCGACCAGGUCUGCUCGUAUGCCCGCGCCAAUUCCGACUUUUUGCUCCCCGAUUGCGACGUUCAUAUCCAAGUCAUUCCCGGUGUGACGGAAGGUCUGUACGGAUGGGUUGCGACCAACUACUUGCUCGGUAGCUUUGACGAGCCCAAGGGUCACGACCACGGCAAGGGACACCACACCUACGGCUUCUUGGAUAUGGGUGGUGCAUCCGCACAGAUCGCUUUCGCUCCGAAUAUGACGGAAACCGACAAGCACGCGAACGAUCUGACAUUGCUGCGACUGCGUAACGUCGAUGGUUCCCCACAGGAAUACCGAGUUUUUGUCACAUCUUGGCUUGAGUUUGGUGUUCGUGAGGCGCGGAGACGUUAUCUUGAAGCACUCCAAACAGCCAGUGGGACGGACGGUAUCAAGGAAUUUCCCGACCCCUGCCUUCCCGCCGGCCUCCGUACCACGAUCGAUGGCAAACCGUUACACCUGGGCGACGAACCGUACCUGCUAGGAACUGGACGUUUUGAAGAGUGCUUGCGACAAACGUUUCCCCUAUUGGACAAGGACGCACCAUGUGCUGACGAGCCUUGUCUCCUGCACGGAACACAUGUGCCCGCGAUCGAUUUCGAUGUGAACCACUUUAUCGGAAUUAGUGAAUACUGGCAUACCACGCAUGAGAUCUUUGAGAUGGGUCACAAGGACAAGGCAUACGACUUUAACACGUAUCAGAAACGAGUCAAGUUGUUCUGUUCGCAAGAUUGGGACUCGAUCGAGAGGGGCCUCCUAGAGCAUCGAUGGGGUAAGAAGGUUGACCAAGAAAAGGCUUCUGAAAUCUGCUUCAAGGCGUCAUGGAUUAUCAACGUUUUGCACAAUGGUAUUGGGGUUCCGCGCGUCGGCCUGGAAAACACAACAGGGUCGGGCCACAACGGAACCAAGGAGGUCCUAUCGCAUACUAAAGACAAGGGCUAUCUCGAUCCGUUCCAGGCCAUCAACAAGAUCGAUUCUACUGAGGUUAGCUGGACUCUGGGCAAGAUGGUUCUCUACGCUGCUUCUCAGAUUCCUGCCGAUGCCGAUGAGGCUCUUCCGGUGGGAUUUGGCAGCAACUUGGCCGGUGUUCCCAACGACUUCCAGUACCCCAGUGUGGACCUUUUGCCAGACCCUGAUGGUCUCCAUAGCGAGCAUUGGCACGAUACCUUGUUCGACGGGGAAUCUCCCCGUCGCGUUCCUGGAUUCCUUCUCUUCUUGCUGAUCAUCAUCAUGGCGCUGUUCUUCCUGUGUGGGAGAAGCCGUCGUUCACGGAUCUACAACAAGAUCAACAAUGUGUUCCGCGGAGCGCCGUCCCAUCCCCACUACCCAAAGAAGCGGAAGUUCUUUGGCGGGAAAAUGCCAUUCUUCGGACGGAGGUCACCGUCAUACGAGCGAGUCCUAGAAGAUGGCGCCCAGGAAUUCGACUUGGGACCGUCCGAGUCCCGUGGAAACUCACUCGACGAGGGCCGUCGUUCGUUCGAUGCUGAUUCCAAAGGUUUCCAACCCCCGCGUCGAGCAUCGACCUGGGGCAGCGGCAACAGUACACCCACACUAAAGUAUUCAAACGAUAAUAGUUCCACAGGGACCAUCGGACUUGGAAUCACGGCUGGCUCCGGAGUGUCCGCGAUGGACCGGGCCGGGUUAGCAGUGCGAACCGAAGGUCGCGAUCAUCUGUCCCCUGUGGCCCUGGGUCCAACGAACAACGGCCGUCGCUCAAGAACUGGCAGUCCGGCUCGAUCACACCAUCAAAAGUCGCCUGUCAUGACGCCGUCGGCUCAUGAUUAA